CCUCGAAUAAUGCAAAAAAUAACCAAGUUCAUAUUCAUAACAUUUUCAUGUAUUUUGGCAUGUUCUCCUCCACCAGUCUUACACACUGCUUUUGAAUAACUUUAUGCCAAUUUCAUUUGAUUAUAGUCCAGAGGUUUUUAAUUUGGUAAAAUCAAAGAAACUCACACUUUUUAAGUGGUUUCUUGUGUACAUAUGUAAUGUAUUUGCAAGUGUGUGUGUGUGUGUGUGUGUAAUGUGUGUGUGGGGGUGUUUGUGUGUGUGUCAGAUAGUGCUGCGGCGGAAGGCGGCUGUGUACGUGGUGAAUCUGCUGCUGCCCAGUUGUUUUCUAGCCGCUCUGGACGUCUUCAGCUUCCUGCUGCCCGCUCAGCAUGUGGACCGCUCAUCCUUUAAGAUGACCCUCAUCCUGGGAUACACUGUCUUCCUGCUGCUGAUGAACGACCUGCUGCCUGUCACAGGAAACAACAUACCACUUAUAAGUACUUAUAACACAUCCCAUAAUUUUCCUCUCUUUGUUUGUGUAGAUGUGUUUUUCUCUGUGUGCUUGGCGCUAAUGGUGGGCAGUCUGUUGGAGACUAUUUUAAUUACUAACCUGCUGUGUGGUUCUGCUGGUUACCCACGGUUACCAGACUGGAUCAGGGUGCUGAUGCUGCACUAUAUUGCCCGGAUCGUCCUUCUGGAAAAAAGCACAACUAAAGACUCAAUUACUGAAGAAAACACAGAGGACACGGCUCUGGAGAGAGAGAGGAGUGAGACAGAGAGUGAGAGCAGUGUGAGUAAGAGGAGUGAACACUGGGGUGACCAGGAGCUCAUGCAGGAGCUGAGAAAAAUAAGUAGAGAUUUAUCCUGCAUCCGACAGAAGGUGGAGGAACACCAGAGGACAGAUGAGUGGGUGGAGGAGUGGAUCCAUCUGGGGCUGGUGCUCGACCGGUUAUACUUUAUCCUCUACAUGAUCUUCAUCACAGUCAGCUUCGUCUUCAUCCUCAUCCAGUGGCUGACCUGGUACAGCAACCGUGGAACAUAA